AUUGAAUUCUUUUAUAGAAUUAGUCAAAGGGGUUUUAAUCAUACAAACGAUUGGAAUCAUUAGUUGAUUACAUAAUAUUCAAACAUUUAAAUCAAUUAUUAUUAUUAUACAACAUUUAAUCGAUACAUAUGAUCAUUUAGCAACAACAACAACAACAAAAGAAGAGAAUACAAUGGUACAAUAUUGUGCAUAGCAACAGUUAUGUAAUAUUUAACUAACUAUAACAAUGUUACCAUGUAUAUUCCAUAUUGUCAAUAGUCAAAUAAUAAAUUAAUACCAGGAAAACCUAUUUCCUAAAACAUAAAUGCAUUUAGAAUAUUUUACAAUCGAAUGGAUUCUAUCAAAUAUAAUCUGGUUUAUUAUUAUUAUUUUAAAUCAUUUACAAUUCUAUUAUCAUUAUUUUAUUCAUAUUCAAUUCAUUUCAUUUAUUAUUGCUAAUCAUUUAUUACAUAAUAAUAACAAUAAUAAUAAUAAUAAUCAUGAUCCAACUAUUCAAUCAAUUCAUGAUCCAAUCAUUCAUUCCAAUGAUAUCAAUAAUAAUAAUAAUCCAUUCAUAAUUCCUUAUUAUAAUUUAACUUAUACAAUUACAGAAAAUCAACCAAUUAAUUAUUUUAUUGGACAAAUUAAUAUUGAUUUAUUAAAAACAAUUAAAAUCAAUAAAUCAUCAAAAUUAUUUCCUAUUUUAUAUAAUUCAUCAAAUAAAAUCAAUAUAUUUUAUAAAUUACAAAAAUCAUCUAAUUAUAUUACAUUAAAUGAAACAACAAGUGUCUUAGUAACAAAAAAUUUCAUUGAUUUAGAAACAUUAUGUCCAUAUUAUUGCCAUGGUAACAAAUAUUAUGCUGAAUUAAUGAUUAAUGUAAAUAUAUGGUGCUAUAAUAAUAAUAAUCAUAAUAAUCAUAUAAUUAGUAUUAUUAAUAUUAAAUUAAUCAUUAUUGAUAUCGAUGAUAAUUCACCAAUAUUUCCAUUAAAUUUAAUCAGACCCUAUAGAAUUCAAUUAAAAGAAGUGAUUUAUGGAAUUGGAAAAUCUAUUGAAUUACCUAAAGCAAUUGAUAUAGAUAUUAAUCCAAUUUAUUCAGAAAUAGUAUAUCGUAUUGAUCCAUUAUUACCAAAUGAUCGAUUAUUGAUUUUUAAUACAUUUCAUUUAAUGAUUAAUAAUGAUUCACGUUUAUUACUUAUAUUAAAACAUGAUUUAGAUUAUGAAUUAAUAAAAGAAUAUAAAUUUUAUUUAAUUUGUUCAUCACCAAAUAUUCAAGGAUUAAAUUAUACAUUUAAAUCAACUAUAGAAGAUCGUUUAGAAAUUAUUAUAGAAGUAUUGAAUAUUAAUGAUAUAGAACCAAUAUUUUCACAAACAAUCUAUGAAAUAGAAGUAAUGGAAAAUAGUAAAGUGAAUACAGUUAUAUAUCAAUUAGUUGCUACUGAUAAAGAUAUCAAUUCUACCAUUACAUAUUCCAUGGAGACUAAUAUUGAUUUAAAUAAUACAUCAAAAUUUUUAAUUAAAUCAAAUGGUCAAGUGAUAAUUAAAGAGCAAUUAGAUUAUGAACAAUGUAAUUUAUACAAUUUAAUAGUACGUGCUAGUGAUGGUGAAUUCUAUGCAUUUACUCAAUUAUUAAUUAAAAUUAUUGAUGUCAAUGAUGAAUUACCAGAAUUUUUAUUAAAUCCAUUACAAUUAAUAAUUAAUGAAAAUCAACCAGCUAAAACAUUAAUUGGUCAUCUUCUUAUUGUUGAUCGGGAUAGUCCAAAAGUGAAUGGUCAAGUACAUUGUGAAGAACCAUCACAUUUAAUAAGAAAUCAACCUAUUCUAUUUGUACAAGAAUCACUUUAUUUAAAUGAACAAACAUUAUUACAAAAAGAGUUUCAUCAUAAUAAUAACUAUUCUACAAUAUUCUCAACGUUGUCAUCAUCAUCCUCAUCCUCAUUAUCAUACCCAAAUACUGAAACUCAUGUUUAUCAACGUUUUACAUUAUAUAGUCAAAAUAAAUAUGAUCGUGAAAAUUCUACUGAUAAAUAUUUAGCUAUUUUAUAUUGUUGGGAUGGUAUUACUAAUUCCUUCAGUAAUUCCCCUUUAUCAGCAGAAUAUGACAAUAAGCAUGUAUCAAUGAAUUCAAUAUCAUCAUCGAAAAGUCUAACAGCAACAAUGACUAUUGUCUUACAUAUAUUAGAUGAAAAUGAUAAUGAACCAAUAUUUGAUAAACAAUUAUAUAAAGCUACACUUAAAGAAAACUCGCCUAUAAACACUAAAAUUAUUCAAAUACAUGCUACAGAUAAGGAUAUAGGAGAAAAUGCACAAAUUUACUACAGUCUACAAAUGAAUGAGCUUAUAAGACCUUUCUUUAAAAUAGAUCAAAUAUCUGGUUGGAUUUUCAAUUCAGCUGAAAUAGAUCGUGAAGCACAGUCAAAAUUUAAAUUAACAAUUCUAGCUAUUGACGGUGGUUUUCAAACAUUAAAUAAUCCAUUAUAUUCAUUAUUAAACAAUAAUACAAUACAUCAUACAGCUACAACACAAUUACUUAUUCAUAUAUUAGAUGAAAAUGAUAAUGCACCUGAAUUUCAUGGUCCAAGACAAUUUGCAAUUGAAGAAAAUCAACCAGCAAAUACAUGGACUGGUGAUCUACAAGUCAUUGAUAGAGAUGAAGGAUUAAAUGGUGAAGUAACAUUGAAAUUAUGGUUAAAUGAAAAUAUUAAUUCUAAAUCAAGAAUUAAUACUACUCAAUUAGUUACUGAAUAUGAUUUACCAUUUCAUUUAUUAAAUAAUGGAAGUUUAUUCACACGAAAAUCAUUGGAUAGAGAGAAUCAAUCUCAUUAUUGUUUUGAAGUGAUUGCCUACGAUAAUGGUCAAGAUAAAACUUACUCUACAAUAGAUACAAUUUGUAUACGUGUACUUGAUUUAAAUGACAACAAACCAUAUUUUAUUGAAAUUAUAGGAGAAUAUUAUGAUCUAAAUAAAACAUCUAUGAACCAAUCAUUAACUACAAUCAAUUCAAUCCCUAUGAAUCUUAAUAUGACUGAACUAAUAAACAUAUCACAUAUCAUCUCUUCAGUCCAUCUAUCCAUUAAUGAAAAACCAGGUUAUUGUAUAUGUAUUAUUAAAGCAUUUGAUAUAGAUGAAGGUAAUAAUGCAUUAAUACAUUAUAAUAUAAAACAACACUAUUUAAAUAGAACUAUACAAACAAUGAAAAAUAUUACUAUAUUAGAUGCAUUGAAAUUGGAUACAACAAAUGGACGUUUAUUAUUAACUAAACAUUUAUAUCAAGAUGAUAUUGGUAUUUAUCAAUUCAUAGUGAUUGUUGAAGAUCAUGGAAUCCCUGUACAAAAAUCUGAAAAAAUCAUUCAAUUAAUUAUUGAAGAUACACCAGCUCGUGGAAAUUGGUUACUUCCAGAAAUGAUUCAACAACACAAUACAUCUUCUAGUAAUUUUAAGUAUACCCUAUUAGAAGCGCAUAAAAUUUUCAUAGUUAUAUUAUUAUCUGGUAUGUCAACGUUUAUAGCUGCUUUAUUAAUGAGUAUUAUUCUAUGUGUGAUCAAACCAUGUCGCAAUAUCCAAAUGAAUAGUUCAACUAAAUGGUAUUAUAAAAGCAUAUGUAAUAAUAAUAAUAAUAAUGUUACUAAUCUUUAUACGAAAGAAUUUAAUGAGACAAUCUUCAAUCAUAACAAUGACAAGAAAGGAAUUGAUCAUAUAGAAACAAUGAACAAUAUUUACAAGUUUAGUUUAUAUAAUCAACAAUGUGAACACCAACCACAGCAACAACAACAAUCUGAUCACUUGAAUGGUUAUACAUCCGGAGGAAAUGUUGAUAGUUCAUUUGAUAAUAUUUCAUUGUAUACUAAUUAUCAAAAUCAAGAUCCAGAUCAAGAUCAAGAUCAUGAUAAGAAGUUAUUUAUUACUAAUGAUUGUUCAAGAAUAGAUUAUAUGAAAAAUUAUUUUAUACCAUAUUAUAAUUUAAUUGAAACAGAUAAAUAUUGUAAUCAUAUGAAUACUACUAGUAAUCAAACUACAUGUACAAUGAAUGUAAAUUCUAAUGAACAAGAAUUAAAUAGGAAUGAUGAAAUUCAACCAGUAUUUAUUGAAAGUAUUUUAACACCUUUGAAUAUAAUUAAAAAUACAUUUCAACUACCUGAAUGGAAUUCACUCAUUUUAGAAUUACCACAAAAUGACUGUCAACAAAUAUUAUUAAAUACAUCCUUUGAUGAUAAACAAUUGAAAUGUUCUUUACAUUUGCCACAACAGUUAAAUAGUAAUACUCAACUAUACGAUUCAUCUAUAAUGUCGAUUCCAUCAGUUUCAUUAGCAUCUUCGAAUAAUUCUACGGUGAAACCUGAUCUUAUUUUACUUCAGUGUACAAAUACGCUACCUAAUUCUUCAACUUAUUAUAUACAACAUGAUAGAUCUGUUUCAUUAAAUCCCACUUCUAUGUCUAAUACAGCGGUACUAUUGGAUCUUAGUACAACCAGUUUAAGGAAUCCUAACUCAGUGAAUAAAAGAAACAUAGAUUGUAGUGUACAAAAUAUUAUUACUCCAAUUGCUAGUGAAGAACAACGUUCAGAUAGUGGUCGAGGGGCAAGUGAUGAAGAAAAUUCCAAUCGAAUUCAUUUAAAUAAUAAAAAAACAAUUUCACCAUCAUUGAUCCAUUCAACUGAACAUGAUAAAACUGCCCAAGUAUCUGUACAUUCAACAAAAUGUUUAGAGAAUUUUCUAGUCCAAUGAAAUCAUAAGCUGCUUUGUUCUACCCAUUAUUGGGCAUUUUACCGACUAUCUAACAUACAAAACUAGCUUCAAGAAGAAUAUAUUUAUUUAAAUCAUCUUUAAAAAUGACAUAAAUCUUUGAAAUCAUUUUAUUGAGAGAAUAACCUUAUAAUUAAUCAUAUCGAAUGUUUCACUCUGUGUUUCCAAAGAUAACUGUUAAAAUAAAUGUUCAAAAGUCACAGUUUACUUUCUCAUUGUUAUGUAGUCGCUGUGCUUCAUUAACCAAUCACCCUCGUUACCGUUAUCAUAUAAUCCUCAAACGGUGCUUGAAAUCACAAGGCAAAGAUAAGCAGCGACUACAGUUUUAUUAGCACAUAACUCAGACCACUAAGCAGAGAUGCAGAAUGAGUGAGUCAGCGAACCGACAGUGAAGAGUGUGUAGGUUUAGAUGUACAUGUAUAUAUACAUAUAGGGAAAUGAAUGUAUCA